AUGCUAGUCUAUCCUUUUACCCCAAUCCUAUCCCCUGUUGAGGUCCACAAAGCCAUCGACAAUAUGGCGGAUAGCAGUGAGGAUACCGCCUUCGUGUACGGUUUUGCCGCCGUCACAACAUUCCUAGUUCAAGAGAAAUCGACACCAUCUAAGCAUGUCAGAGAGAAAACGGAGCAACUGAUCCAGAGGAGCUUAGAAGCACACAGAAGUAUUAGCUUUCAAAUCGGUCUUGAUGGUCGCAUUGCCGAAGACCCACGUGCCACGAUCAAGAGGAUACUCACCUGCGUGUUUCUCGAGAUCUCUAUGAUGGCCUUUGAGCGCUUUGACUCAAGUUUCUUCAUCCUAAGGGAAGCAAUAUCAAUGAUUCAAAUAUUUCAGGUUCGUGGGUUACCGAGCACCGGGCCUGUUCUGGCACAGUAUCAGAGGUUAUAUUGGGAGGCGUACAUUCACGAGCGAUUUCUAACCUUCAAUUCUGGCUUCCCAAACGUCCUUCCACCUCUCAGCACAGGCUUUCCAGAGUCUGACACAUCGGUACCUAGGCAUAUUGAACUCGGCUUCAACCGAAUCAUCUCAUUAUUCAUGCUCCUUGAUGAAGAUUUCCUCAGGUUCUGGAGAAGCCAGGCGGAGCCUCAAGGAGAAUCGGAUCUCACAGCAGACUGGAUCGAAUAUAAACAAAGCCAGCUAGAUGAGGAUGAAAUGUCUACUUUUGAGGAAGAUGAGCGGUUGAGAAAGCAAGAUCUGCAGGGCCUGAAUGAGUUUCAGCACGCCGACAUUUAUAUAACAAGGCUCUGGAUACGCACUCUAGUUUGGCAAUUAGCGCUCUCUCGAGGUCUACUCCGGUCCUUGCCCCCACAGGAUGAUCAUGCGGGAUUGUCCCUACAGUAUCCCGCACGUCAAAUCUCCGCCCAACUCCGAAACCUCGUCGGUCGCGUUGAGAACUUGGCGAGCAUCACCAUGCAAGGGAGCGGCAUCGCUCAUAAGUUGUUCGACAUCACGAGUACCAUCGCCGACGUGCUGACGGUCUGCUACACGAGAGAGUAUGAGCGAGAGAAAUGUUUUCAGUUGACUGAUUUGGAAUUCCUCGUCAACUUUCUCUCGCAGUUUGAGCAGUUACGACAAAAUCAAAUGGAUUAUCUUCGUGAGAAGCUUCAUGACUUUGGAAAAGGCCCUGCAGCCUGA